ACCCCACCAGUUCAAGAUCUCUCUCUCUCUCUCUCUCUGCGCCGCUCGACACGACGUUUCAAAGCACUCUUUCGCUCUUAUAUGUAUAUAUAUUGCUUCGUCUUCCUAAAAGUCUAACCUUUUAGCCUGCAGGUUUUUCGUUGUUCUUGGUGGUUUCACUGAUUCUUGUUUGCAGCAUUCGAUUCGAUUCGAUUCUAUUCUAUUCUAUUCUUGUUGAUACCUUUCUCGUUGCAUAGAUUCUUUCUGCUCUGCUCGUUUCUUUGUUGUUUUUCGUGUUUGGGUGUUCCUGUCAUGGAUGCAGUAUCAUCAUCUGUUAAUUCUUCAUCGAGCACCAAGCCUCGCUCCCGAUGCCCCCCACUUCAAGAUCCGUUUCUCCACAGAAAAAGUUCCCGGGAGAACUUGGACAGAUUUAUUCCGAAUCGAUCGGCAAUGGACUUUGAUUACGCGCAUUACAUGCUGACCGAAGGGUGCAAGGAGACGGAGAACCCUGCAGCGAGCUCCCCUUCAAGAGAGGCUUACAGGAAGCAACUAGCCGAGACCCUGAACAUGAAUAGGACCCGAAUUCUCGCGUUCAAGAACAAGCCCCCGGCUCCUGUGGAGUUGAUUCCCCGUGAAUUCACUUCCCCUCAGCGCUCUAGGCCCACCAAACCCCGCCGUCACAUUCCUCAGACUUCGGAGAGGACACUGGAUGCUCCAGAUCUCGUGGAUGACUACUAUCUCAACCUAUUGGAUUGGGGAAGCAGCAAUGUGCUCUCCAUCGCCCUUGGGAGCACGGUCUACUUGUGGGAUGCUUCCAAUGGCUCCACCUCAGAACUUGUCACUGUGGAUGACGACAUUGGCCCUGUUACCAGCGUUAGCUGGGCUCCUGACGGCCGCCACAUUGCUGUCGGUUUUAACAAUUCUGAAGUGCAGUUGUGGGAUUCUACUGCCAACAGACUGCUGAGAACUCUGAAAGGAGGCCACAGAUCACGAGUUGGGUCACUGGCAUGGAACAAUCACAUACUGACCACCGGAGGAAUGGACGGUCGGAUUAUUAACAACGAUGUGAGGGUAAGAUCACCCAUUGUUGAGACCUACAGAGGGCACACUCAGGAGGUAUGCGGGCUUAAAUGGUCUGCUUCAGGCCAACAACUGGCUAGCGGAGGGAACGAUAACCUCCUCCACAUAUGGGACCGCUCCAUGUCCUCCUCAAAUUCGUCUACCCAAUGGCUCCACAGGCUUGAGGAACACACAGCCGCCGUCAAAGCCCUCGCUUGGUGCCCUUUCCAGGGGAACCUGCUGGCCUCCGGCGGAGGUGGUGGAGACCGAUGCAUCAAGUUCUGGAAUACACACACUGGGGCUUGCUUGAACUCGGUCGAUACGGGGUCUCAAGUGUGUGCCCUGCUGUGGAACAAGAACGAGCGCGAGCUGCUCAGCUCUCACGGAUUUACGCAGAACCAGCUAACCCUUUGGAAGUACCCGUCUAUGGUGAAGAUGGCGGAACUAACUGGUCAUACCUCUAGAGUUCUUUUCAUGGCACAGAGCCCGGAUGGUUGCACGGUAGCAUCAGCAGCAGGAGAUGAAACUCUUAGAUUUUGGAAUGUGUUUGGGGUUCCUGAAGCCGCUAAAGCCGCUCCGAAAGCUAACCCGGAACCUUUUCCUCAUCUUAAUCGCAUCCGCUGAAGAAAGUCCUUGAAGAGCCAACAACAAAGCUCCAUCUGCUAUCUACAAUCUUCAGAAAGUCUUUUAAUUUGGUCCUGUCUUUCGGAGCUCGCCUACCUCUCUCAGGGAUGGCAAAAUAAUUAAUACACAGAUUCUGUUAGAAUUUUGCUAAUGUACAGAGACACACAUAUUGAUUAUGUUGUAUAAAUCGACUUUUGUUCAGUUAUUAAAAAGACUCGUCUCCUUUUAGCU